AUGGAAUUUGCAGGUGAAAAUGACAAUGAAGAUCACUUAGAAUUAACUGUAGGAAAUAAUGAAGCUGUUCAUGAAGCUGGAUAUAAUCAACAGAUUGAUCCAUCUUUUAACAUUUCAGGAAGACCUGCUAGAAAUGUAAAACCUCCUAUUUGGCUCAAGGACUAUGUUACCCCUUCCAAACCUACAACAAAUUGUAAAUACCCUAUUCCCAACUAUAUUGGAUACUCACACUUGUCUAACAAGUAUCAGGCCUAUUUGAGUUCUUUUUCAGCUAUUCAGGAACCAAGAACAUUUGCAAAAGCAACUCAACAUCCAGAAUGGAUAGAUUCAAUGCAACAACAGAUUAAUCCUCUAGAAGAUAAUCAAACAUGGGAACAAGUGUCUUUGCCUGCUGGUUAUAAGCAGAGCUCCCAUGAUCAUUCCUUGUGCACUAAACAUUGUGGUGAUGAUAUUGUGGUGUUGUUGAUUUAUGUGGAUGAUAUACUACUUACAGCGAGAAGUCAAAGACUUAUUGAUGAUGCAAAGCAGUACAUGCACAGACCUACUGACACUAUUUACUUGAGAUCUCAACAUGGGAUUUUGUUGAAUCAAAGGAAAUAUGCACUGGAGUUUAUAUCAGAUGUAGGGCUAGAAAGAUCUAAACAUGUACAAACACCACUAGAGCCUAAUGUUAAACUUACCUCAGUGGAGCAUUAUAACUGUACAGGAGCCAAGAAUGAUACAUUGUUUGAAGACAUGAGCAGAUAUCAAAAGCUUAUAGGGAAAUUGAUUUACUUAACAAUAACUAGGCCAAAUAUUUGUUUUGUUGUUCAAUUGCUUAGUCAGUUCAUGCAACAUCCUAAACAAUCACAUUGGAUGGAUGCAUUGAGGGUGGUAAGAUAUGUAAAAGAGUCACCAGGAUUGGGAAUAUUUCUAAAGAAAGGUCCUAUAGAUGACUUGGUAGUACAUUGUGAUUCAGAUUGGGCUGCUUGUCUCAAUACAAGAAGAUCAGUCAUAGGUUUUGUCUUGCAAUUGGGGAAUUCAUUGAUUUCUUGA